GGGCCCCACGUGAUGGGGGCAGUGUAAACAGGCUGGGGGAGACGUCCCGGCCCCGGCCGGACUCCGGGGCUGCCCAAGGACCAGCGGGACGCGGCCCGGACCCGGGGCCAGAAGGGUGCGUCCAUCUCACGACCCCCGAGUGACCACCAUGGCCCGGCCCCCCGCGCAGCCAAGCUGGGAGCCGGGCCCCGGGAACCGGACGGACCUGGCCGCCCUGAUCAUCGACGAAUGUCCGUGGUGCGAGUACGACCUGCGGACCUUCCGAAUCAUCAUCAAGCUGGUGACCCUGCUGAUCUGCCUGGCCGGGCUGGCCGGGAACCUCAAAGUCCUCUGGUACCUCGGCCUCUGCAUCCAGAGGACCCCCUUCUCCGUCUACGUCCUGAACCUGGCCGUGGCCGACUUCGGCUUCCUCCUGUGCCAGGGCGUGUUCACCGGCCUCACCUUCGGUCAGCCCGUGUCCGGCUUCCAUCUGUUCGACAACAGGUUCGUCGAUCAGAGCAGCUUCCUGCCCUACACCGUGGGGCUGGGGGCUCUGUCCGGCCUCAGCACCGAGCGCUCCCUGUCCCUCUUAUUCCCGGUCUGGUACCGCCUCCGCCGCCCGCCCCACCUGUCCGCCACAAUCUGUGCCCUCUUCUGGGCGCUCACCUUCCUUUGGCACCUCCUCAGAGAUUACGUUUGCUACGACUUCUACGAGACCAGGCCGUACAAGCCGUGUUUCGGCUUCAGCCUCACCUGGGGCGCCCUGCUCUUCCUCCUGUCCGCUCUGAUGCUCCUGUCCAGCCUCGUCCUGCUCGUCAAGGUCCUCUGCGGUGCCCGGCGCCCGGCCAAGCUCUACAUCGUCAUCUUGAUCCUAGUCCCCGUGUUCCUCACCUGCGGCCUGCCCUUGGGCAUCAAGUGGUUCCUGCUGGUCUGGCAGCGGGAGCCGGCCACGCUGUUCUACUACGUCACGGACGUGCUGGCCUGUGGGAACAGCAGCGUCCGACCCCUGGUUUACUACUUGGUCGGGAGGGUGUGGAGGCAGAGGCUGCGGGAGUCCUUCCGGGUCAUCCUCCAGAGGGCCCUCAGGAGCGAGGAGGAGCUGGGACCGACCGGGGGCACGUCCACCCCGGCCACCGUGGAGAUGCCGGCCAACGGGGUCCAGCUGGCGAACCCCGGGGAGAUGGAGACCCUUCCCAGCAAUGCUGCCGUGGGGCAGCCUCUGCCCUCUGCCCAAUGAGAGAAAAGACUGUGCCCACUAAUAUUAAUAAUGAUGACGAUGGUAUUUGUUAAGCGCUUACUAUAUGCCAGAUACUGUACUAAGCACUGGGGGGUACGAGCAAAUCGAGUUGGACACUCACGGGACGGGAGAGAGAGUGCCCCCCCAUCUCUCCCCCUACCUCCUCCCGGCAGGGCUGGUGGUGGCUCUGGGCUGGAGACUAAGGUCCACAUGGGGACACAGGCAGUGGGGCGAUAAUAAUAAUAAUAAUAAUACUUGUGGUAUUUGUUAAGCACUUACUACGUGCCAGGAACUGUACUAAGCU